AUAUCCUCUACUCUUAGUAAUCGACAUGGAGGCGCCACUUGCUGUUCAAUGCCAUUCCUGUUAUAUUACGGUCGUUACGGGCUCACGUGUCCAAAACAAGUUACAACUCUCGACUUGAUGAUGAAAACAAAAUUAAAUUAACAAUUUAAUAAUAAGAUGUUGACAAAAGUGUUUUAUUCAUUUUUAUCUCGGCAUCAUUCGUUACAAUUUGUGUUUGUAAAACGGAGAAAUGCAUUUUUUAAUUAUUUCCAAUCGCCAAGACAGCCUAUCCCUCCGUACAACCACGUGUGUCAGAUUGGUGACCCAGUGCUGCGCACUAGGGCCGAGCCUGUUGAACCGGAAAUCCUCGCCACUGCUCAAUUCAAAGGGUUUGUCGAACAUUUGAUCUCGAUAAUGAGAUCACAUGAGGCGUAUGGCCUUGCAGCACCCCAGAUCGGUGUUUCGGCCCAAAUUUUUGCCAUCGAAACGACCAAACAACAGAUCGAAGAAUGUAUUAAAACUAAAAGUGCGGGCCAGCCACUGGAAAUAGUCCCUUUGACCGUAUUCAUAAAUCCAAAGAUGAAGAUUAUUGACUAUCAUACUAAUUCAUAUCCCGAAUCAUGCGCCAGCGUAUUUGGCUACAUUGCGCACGUCCCUCGCGCUAAAACCAUUGAAAUUCAAGCACUUGAUAUUACGGGGAAAGAAUUUACGUGGAAUGGUCAUGGAUGGCCGGCGAAAAUAGUUCAACAUGAGAUGGACCAUUUACAAGGAAAACUCUUUACCGAUAGAAUGGACCCCAAGACAUUUGCCUGCGCCAUAUGGAGUGUUGUCAAUCAGAGAAGCGGCAGGGUUGCCAUUAAAUUUUACCCUGAUCCAGGACGAUGGGGUCGUUUCAAACGAAUAUUUUCAUGAUUUUCCAUAUUCAAUAUUUUUCGGAUAAGGUGAUAAAAUGUAAUUACUAAUAUCUGAAAUUUUUGUUGAUCAUGUUGUCGCCAGUUAUUUCAGUGGAAAUUGCAUUAUAUUACACUUGACUCCUUUUAUUCGUUGUAUUUACAAAGCA